AUGAGCCAUCUGCCUGUAAAGAAAGAGGUGACAGUUAAAAAGGAAGAAGCAGAUGGAAAGUCUUCGCCAGCAACGACCUCAUCAAAUGGUAAAAGUUCAACCGACCAAGGAUGGCAAGACAUCCCGCUAAAGUGUUGUACAAAAGAGGAUAUCAAAGACAUUCGAUAUCACAUAAUGAAGUUUCAGUCGAAGCAGAACGUCGAUAUCAUUGAUAACUUCACGAAGCCAGUGAGGUUGCAUAGAAAGGACCCGAGGAAUAUCCAAUUUCACUUGACAAGAGCGGAAGUCGAUAAGCGUAAGAGAGAAGAAGAGGAAGCCAAAAUUGAGAAAGAAAAGCAAAAGCAGGAGUCUAUUGAAGCCGCUGAAAAGGAGGCAAUAGCGAAUGGAGAAGAUCCUAAAAAUAUCAACAGAGAUGAGGUGGAUAUGUCUCAGGUCGCACCAGAUGGAGGAGCCAGAAAGCUGAAGAAAAGCUUAUUCAAGAGAAAAACCAGGCAAAUAAAUCUCAUGGACGAUCAAAAGAGGAAAUUGAGGUACGAGGAGUACUAUCCGUGGGUUAUAGAGGACUAUGAUGGGAAGAACGUCUUUGUUGGUAACUACGAGGCAGGGUCAUCGGACACACAGCAGGUUCUAUUUGUUUUUGAUAAAGAUGGAUUCAAAAUGGUACCGGCAGAAAAGGUCUACAAGUUUACCCAAAGAAAUAAAUAUGCAACGUUGACACUAGAAGAGGCCGAGGCCAAAAUGGAGAAAAACUCAUCCGUUCCGAGGUGGUUGAUGAAGCAUAUGGAAGAUAACUCCGGGUUAGAAGGUGCCACAGCAGACCAAAGAUUUAGACAUAAUGUAGGUUCUUCAAGAAACGGUAAUGCCCUGACCUCGUCUACUAGUAGAGGGAGAUUAAGAACUGUUUUGGGCGGCUCGACUUCAAACGAACGAGACUCUGAUCAUGACGAUCUAGAUUUUGAUGAAGAAUUUGCAGAUGAUGAAGAGGCACCAAUCAUGGAUGGUGAUGAAGAAGAAAACAAAUUAUCUGAACAAAAGAUUAAGAAGGAAAUGUUGAAAGCAGCCCAUUUUGAUGGUCAAUCUGAUGCCGAAGUGGAUGAUGAUGACUUAGAUGAUUUGUUUGAAACAGAGAAAUCUAGAAAAGUUGAUAAAGAAGGUAAAAAAUUACGUAAAGUGUUGAAUAAAACUGAGGGUGGUGUAUAUGAUAGUGAUGAUGAUGAUGAUAAAUUGAACCCUUACUUAUCAAAAUCCGAUUUGGAAAGUGAUGAUGAAAGCGACGAUGACAUUGCUAUCAAGAAGGAAGAUGAGGAUAAGUUAUUGGAUAAUUCAACUUCUGAUAAGCCAGCGCAAAGAGCAUUCACGGCUCAAAACAUUGGUGAUGGGUUCGUCAUUGUUAGGGCACCGCCUUCAUUUUUAAGUGGAUUUCCAAAUGGUGAUUGGAAUCCAAAUGGACGUAAAAGGCCAGCAUUGGUUAAUAAUGAUCCUAAUAAGAAGGCAAAAAUUGACGAUGGUAAAACAAAAUUGAAGAUAGCAGUCAAGAAAGAAAAUGGUAGUCCAUCACCUUCAUUACCUGGUAGUCCUAUUAACGCAACGCUGGAUGUAGAUUUAACAUCAGGAGGACCAGAUAAUGUUUUAGUAACGGUCAAGGAAGUGUUAGAUAUUGUCAAAGAUAAUCCAUUAACUACCAAGGAAUUGUUGUUUGGUUUAAAGAAUAGAGUAAAUGCUCAUAAAGAUAACAAGUUAAGGAUUAUCAGUAUCGUUAAGCAGAAUUUGAGAUUAGUAGACGGAAAAUUAGUCUUGAAGGAAGAAUAA